AUGAUUCUUCCGCUUCAAGAUCGCUUCGUACUCGAAGGCCCUAAUGGCGUUCAUCCUUGCUAUGUGACAGCACCGGCAAGUUGUAGCAUCUCCGGCUCGAAGAAUGGAUCGUACCUACGCCUUUUUCAAGCGCGGACGGCGCGCUCCCUUAUCGCACAGCUUGUCAUGGCUGUGGAUUAUAUACACUCUCGGGGAAUUGCCCAUGGAGACCUUCAUCUCGGUAACGUUCUUCUGCGUCUUCCAACCGAGUUUGAUACACUCUCGAUUGAAGAGCUUUAUGGUAAAUAUGGCGCACCUAGUUCAGAGCCCGUUGUUCGCCAGGAUGGAAAACCGCUUGGGCACAACAUUCCGCACGAGGCCAUUCUUCCGCUGUGGCUAGGAAAGCCUUCGGAGAAAAUGACUUCUCCCGAAGCCAGUAUUCUACUCUCGGAUUUCGGGGAGGCAUUCCUGGCCUCCACGGAGGAUCGAUAUGAGUCGCACGCCCCUAUUGCCUUUGCACCGCCUGAAGCCGUGUUUGAACCAAACAAGCCCCUUUCCUUUCCAUCUGACAUCUGGACCCUUGCAUGCUCCAUAUGGUCGAUCCUGGGACAGCGCCCGUUGUUUGAGGAAAUCCUUGCCACUCAGGAUGACAUCACGGCUGAACAGAUCGAUGUCCUUGGGGGACUACCUCUGGAGUGGUGGAACCAAUGGCAGGGGAGACACGAGUACUUUGAUGAAGAUGGAAAGUCUCGUUCAGAUCGGCACAUUAGGUCUUGGGAGGACCGCUUCGAAUCACAUAUUCAACGUCCACGAUUGGAAGCCGGAAUCCCAUGUGUAGGUAGUGAGGAGAAAACUGCCAUUCUGGAUAUGUUACGAUCAAUGCUGUCUUUCAGACCUGAAAUGCGGGCCACCGCGAGGGAUAUACUGGAGUGUGAAUGGAUGAUUAAAUGGGCACAGCCGGAGUUCAAAGAAUCAAAAGUGCCGAAAGGCUCGGGGUGA